AUGCAGGGAUUCCCGUUGGUAGUACAGUUGUACGCUUACACUACAAUUCCCUUACUGCUAAAGAACGUGCCCAAUGCUGAUGAUGAGGAGAUAUUUGUAGAUGCAACUUUUGUUGGCCUAUCAAAACUGACCACUAUUACAAUGAAUGAUGUGCUAAUAGUUGAACAGGACCCUAAGGACAAAGACCGGAAAGUAUUAUACAUGCAAGAGCUGAUACAGGGAGGGCAUGUGUUUGAGAAGGCUGAAUGGCCUGGCGGUUAUGCUGGUGUUGAUUUUGUGGAAGUAGACGAGAAGGUUGAUAUGGUUGAGCAUGAGAGACAUGUUAUUUAUAGGAGGGUUCCUGUGGAGGAAUUAGGUGAUGGUUUUGUUGAUGACGAAGUUGUUAGUUUGAAGAGAAAAUGUAAAAAGAAGAGGAAAAGUGGCUCAAAACGCAAGCAGAGGAAGUUGGAGAACUAUUUUCCUCAUGUUACACGUACCGGUAUAAAGCUUAAAGACUGGAUGGAAACCCAGCUAGAGGAGAUUAAAUCAGCUUUGACAGAGAAGAUUGAUCAACAGGCUAUAGAGAUUGCGCGGCUUAAGAAAAAAGUAGGGUUAAAAGGUCGUAGUAGUAGACGGAGGAAGUCAGUACUCUUGAAAGGAGUUAGUAGUAGUGUUAAUGAAUUUGAAGAAGAUGUCUUUAUGAGUAAUGAUUGUAGAGAAGACAAAAAAAUGUUAAUGUUACAAAUUGUAGGAUAUUGCUUUGAGAGAGGAAGAUGUUGCUUUGGGAAAGGAAGAUGGUGUCUUGUGCCAACUUCAAAUGUGAGUCGAAAGGAAGACAAUGUGGAGAAUGUGUCAACGGGAGGUGCUUUGAUAGUGUUAACGGAAGAUGUUUUAUUGGAGAAGACUGAAACUAAGAAGGAGGCUACUGAAAUGGAGGUUGUGACUCGUCUAAUUGAUGCGACAGUUAUAAUUAUUAUUGAAAAACACCUUGGUAGUAAUGAAGUAAACGUUGGUGAAAAUGAAGAUAAUACUUUAGUGGAGGGGACUCCCACCAAUGGAAAAACUGUUGAUUUGAGUUACUCAUCCCUUGUUGGAACACCUGAAACUCAAGUUGGAACACCUAAAACUCUAGCAUCACAUCGUUUGCUAAACACUUUACAGGUAGACCUCCUAUCAUUGGUUGAUGAGAAAGAGUACAUGUUUUUUUGA